CUGACACAUGCCAGUUGUCACCGACACACCUCACCAGCUCACCUCCAUUUUCCCUAAAUUCACACUCCACAGUAGUCCACACACACAAACUUUUCCAUUUGACAGAAAGAUAAAAAAAAAAAAAAUGGCGAUUUCAGACAAAGUUACAGGGAAUUUAACAACAUUGUACCUAGCAAUGAUUGGUGUAAUGAAAGCUUACGGUUUAAUUACUGGUCGAAACUUUAGUGGUUGUUUUGUGCUCAUUCUUUCAACGGCUGCAGUUGUUGUUGUGUUGAUUGUGAGUCUAACGUGGGAUAUAUGGCUAAAAACUAGAAAUGCUAUGAAUCGUGAUCAUACAGAUCAUCAUCAAAAUCAUGAAUUUUGUCGAGGUGGCAUUUGCUGGCACGGUGUUGCUGUUAGUUCUCCCGCGUCUCAGGUCCGGUUCCGGCUACCUCAAAAUCGUAUCUAGAAAUGGUAUUGUUUCGUAACGUAUCAUAUUAGAUUGUAUUGUGUCGUAUUAUAAGGUACUGUAUUGUUUUGAUGAAUAAAAUUUUGGAUAGAUUGAAUGUAUUGUUUCCGGAA